AUGGUCUCACACCUCUACCUUUGGCAACUGCGCGCCAAUUGUUCAUAUUUUCAGCAGCUGCUACAGUAUGGCACUUCGCACCAUUUGAGAUUUCUUUGUACUCUUUUUAUUGAAUAUUCCUCGGGCAUCCUUUUCUUUUCUUUCAUUAUUUGCCUUUAUUUGAACGAUUUAACGCAGCACAACCUGGAUUCAUAUCGGUCGUCAGCAAAACUUAAUUCCGAAAAGUCUAUAGAAAUAACAAAUACGACAAAGGUUUCACUCCGGAUCUAUCUAUCUAUCUAUCUAUCUAUCUAUCUAUCUAUCUAUCUAUCUAUCUAUCUAUCUAUUACAUUGUUUUCUCUUGAAUCUAUCAGUUAUUUAUAUAUACAAACCUUUCAUGUAUAUUUGUCUCUCUGUUUUCUACAUUUCAACAUAAACCUAUCUAUCUAUCUAUCUAUCUAUCUAUCUAUCUAUCUAUCUAUCUAUCUAUCUGUCUGUCCCAUUGUAUUCUCUUGA